GACCCCUUAGCGCCGGUGCUGUUGCUGCCUAGACCACAGGCUAGACCUUACCUAGACAUAUCCUACCCUAGAAUCUUCCUAGAUUACCAUGAGUAACAUGAAGCAGGCGCUUCUGGUCUUCUCCGUAACUCUGACUGCAGUCAUGGGGCUGCCAAAGCCAUUCCCCAGCGGGGGAUCAGCAAGCAACUCCCCAGCCAUCGCUCCCCAGUUCCCCUACAACCCCCUUAACUACGUCAGGACCAAGACCGACGAGCGGGUAGAUGGGGAGAGAGGCGCUUACACCUUCGACAUCGAGACCGAGAACGGCAUCUCCAUGUCAGAGGCCGGCCAGAGCGACGACUCGGCUGAGUCCAUCGUCAAGGCUGGCUCAUAUUCGUUCACGCUGCCCGACGGCAACCUGUUCGAGCUGAAGUAUGUGGCGGACAAGAACGGUUUUCAGCCCGAGUCUUCCUACCUGCCAGUGCCUGUAGCCUUCCCUCACCCCAUCCCUCAGUUCGUGCUCGACCAGAUCGAGAAGGCAGCGAGGGAAGACGCUGAGGCUGCGAGGGCAAACGCAUAGCGAGGAGGCAAUUGGUUAAUUGUGAAGGAAAUGCAAUGAUUUAGGUGAUAAUAGGAUAAUCGAGGAGGUAAUAAGAUAAUUGAGGAUGCGAUAAGAUAAUUGAGGCGGUCAUAUAAAGAAGUAUAGGUUAAUUGAGAAGGAAAUGCAAUAAUUUAGGAGAUAAUAGGAUAAUUGAUGAGGUAAUAAGAUAAUUGAGGAUGCGAUAAGAUAAUUGAAGCAGUCAUACAAUAAUUGAGUAAUGAAAAGGAUUAAUCAGGAUGUAAUAAAAUAAUUGAGGAUACAAUAGGAUAAUUGAAGCAGUCAUACAAUAAUAGAGGAAUCAAUAGGAUAAUUGAAGGGCCAUAUAAUAAUUGAAGCGUACAAAGUUAUGUGCCCACCAUGACGUUGGACUAACCGGUUGAUGCAUAUCUACGAACAAAACUCCAAAAGCUAGCCCAACAUUCAAGUUCAAUAAAUCCUUCCUCAUAAGAAUCGUAAGUUAUUACGACUGAGAAUGUAAAGAACGUUCCGAAUUGUGUUUCAUUUUUUGGAUAAAAUUGAUUUUGGAGUGCAAUUUAAUAUUAA